AUGGAUGCUUUUAAAUUUCGAAAAAAAAAAUUGACCCCCCUUCCAUGAGCAAGCUUAAAUGAAGAAUUGUGAGAAAAAGUUGACUUUAUAACAAAAGUGAAUUUAAAGAUAUUUGAUGAUAAAGUAAAAAGCAAGCAUGAGAGAGAUAUUAAUUAUAUUACACCAUUAUUUCAGGGCAAUAUCCACUUAAAUUUUCUUUUUUAUACGCUUUUCAAUUCUUAA